CCGAUGUGCGGGGGGGGGGGCUCCCUCGGUGCUCCAGAGAUGACUGGCACCUCUCCUGACAUGAAAGUGCAAAACACACAGUCAAGACAGCAAAGCACACCUACACACACACUCUUUCACACAUGGCGGCACUCAGGCUGGCACUCGAGCACAGGUCUGGUUCUGCUGGCACCAGUUCGUCACAGGAAGUGUGUGUCUGCUUCGUCCGCGGUGCGAGUCGCCCGGGGAGUGAGUUCAGCUUUUUGUCAGAUGAUCUGACAGUCUGGUCACUGUGGUCGGUGCUGAAACAGUAAACAAGGCGAGGCAACAGUUUCACUAUUGGUCGACUGAAAGGUUGAGGCAGGUUUAGUCGGGUCGUGAGAGGUUUGAUGGGAGGGAAGGAGGACCGAGCAGGAGCGACGUUCAGGGUCAGAUUGGCAGUUUUUCCACCACCUGCUGUCCCUUCUUUCUUAUGAAUCUAAUAUGUUUAAGGUUUGCUUAGAAGUCAAAAAAAGUUGUCAUAAAACAGUCGUAUAACUCAAUGAAGGUUUAAGUGAAGCCGGUGCAGAAGUGUCUCAGACCUGCAGUCCUUCUAAUGCCCAGCAGGGGCCGACUCCACCGGUUUCACACAGGAGUCUGAUUCCGUGUAAGCUUAUGAGAAAAUGAGACUGUUUUCUCUUUUGAAUUAUGACGUCAGCAAACAGUUUCCUGGUGAGUUUACAGUCUCAGUCACUAGUUUCAAGCCUUCCUCGGUUCAGCAAGUUGUUUAUUUUGUAAGCUACGGUCCCAUUAAGAGUGAAAUAGACCAUGAAACAAGGUAUACUUUGCACCUUGUGAUUGACAAGUUGCUGCCACGGUCAGAUCCAGUCGGGAUGGAGGAGUAGCCACGCAUAUCAUCCAGGCACCUUGGUGGAUGGUGACGGCCAUGAUGCCAAACUCGAGGCUUGAAAACUGCAGUCCACAAACAAACUCCGCCGUGUCGUGACACUGUUUACCAGACAGUCUGUGUCCUCAGAAGAACCACAGCAACCGGACACGGUCUGAUGGACGUUCAUCACGUCAAGCAGCUGCAGUAAAUGAAGUCCGGUUUGAUGUCUGGGUCGGUCGUGUAUCCGUGGCCGUGUGGACCCGUCAGUCUGGUCUGUGGACUCCUCCUCGUGGCGUCCUCACCGCUCCUCACCGCAGGCCGACUGAGCAACUGCAGCCACCCUCUGGUGCCGGAACAUGGAGGCUUCCGCUGCGAGCCGUCCCCGUGUCGAGGUUUCCCCCACAAGACCUCCAUCCAUUUGUUCUGUGAGCCCGGAUACCACGUCAGCAACAAGGUGCGCGUGUACAGGUGCCGCCACGGGAAGUGGCAGCCUCCGAUACCUGCCUGCAUCCCAAUCAAAGGGGGUCCUAACAUGAGCUCUGAUGGCGGAGAGAGCGACUCGAUGCCCAGCAUGGCCACGACGGCGGUGGGCGUGUCCAUCUUCCUGCUCACCACCACCGCCUGCCUGGUGGUCAAGUCCCGCCUCUACCCCUGUCAGUCACACAGCAGCCGUCGCUCCUCAGACCAGCUGGACCUGAUGGUGGACGGACUCCCCGUCUCUCUCCCCUCCUAUGAGGAGGCGGUGUACGGCAGCUGGGGCCAGCGCCUCCCCGCCUGCUCGGCACCCGGACCCACCCAGCUCCUGCUGGCUCAGGAGGCCCCCGGCUGCCACCAGCCAUCUGAGUCGGACGGCAGCCAGCGCCCCCUCCUGUCGGGCCAAAGCCCUGACAACCCCCCGCCCCCAUACGAGGAGGUCCAGUCAUCACGUCUCAGGGACAGGCUGAGCGACGGAGACAUCCGGCAGCUGCACGUCGCACUUUCAGAUGACAAAGACACCUGACUGAACUGUGGUUCUGAUGUGACACGUGGAGCGAAGUGGUUUUAGCACGAUUUUGAUUGACGGCCGACUGCUGCAGCGAAGUGUUGACUCUGCAGGUGAUGGCGGCCCGACGACGGCUGACAAACAAAAAACACGGACUGACAGCAGCCUCCUGUGCUGCCUGCACUUUUCUGGUUGGCUGCAGCUCGCCAGCAUCAGGACGCUCCUGUCCUGUCACACGCUAUUCUAGUCGAAGCUGAUAAGCUCUGAUUGGCCAGUUGUUACAAAGACCUGACCGAGAAGGACUUCUAUAUAAAUGAAGUGUUGAUUGUAUCGUGUGUUGUAUGAAUGUAUGAGACAGAAGUCGGGUGGAAGCUUUGCAUCCAGAAUGUCUUCAGGAAACAAACUGCCUUGUUUUGUUUUUGGUUUUUACAACAAUGCAUUUCAUUCAGAAUGUAAUUAUUUAGCUUCAGCAUACAAAUCCAAAUGUUCACAGGAAAGCAGUGAAGUGUGAGUGUGUGAGUGUGUGUGUGUGUGUUUUCAGUGUGUUUCUGGAGACGUCGUCCAUCCUUCCCGUCAGUGACGGGGCCCAUCGAGGCUUCUUGAGAAGUCAGUGAUGUGCUGUUGUGGAAACGUGUGUGUUUUGUACAGUGUGGACUGUGGUGUUGUGAUUAUGAAGUCAGACGCUCGGCAAACAGAGAAACAACCAACCAGCAGCCUGUUGUGAUGUUCAUUUAUAACAUAUUUGAUUUUGUGUACAGCAGAUAGACUUGAAAACGGUCUGUUAAAGCAUUUCUACCGGGUUCAUCCAGUGGUGAGUGAAGUAAAGUUGAUAUUUACACUCAUUUAAAUGUCACACACACACACGGGUGUUUUUAUCCAAAUAAAUUUUAUUCCACAACCUGCAAAAAACCUCACAAAUGUUGGACCAAACCGAUCUGAGUCCCUGUUUGACCUCUGCAGAGCGACUGACGCCUUCACAGACCUCGAAUGUAUUUUAUGCUUCAUGUAAUGGCAACAAAUCUAAAUAUUAUAUGGACAGAUUAUUUGUAUAUUGUAUUAUUGCACAGAGUUAUAUAAUGAAUAAAUGUUGAGACGUGUCUUUGUUUGA